GGAAGGCCAAUCUUCUCUACCGUACAGGUAGUCGGUAGAGAAGAUUCGUGGUGCUUUUACUAUCGAGUCGUGUAACCCGAUCUGCAUCAUGAAAUCCGCUAUUAGGUUCGUGGUGCUUUUACUAUGGAGUUGUGUAACCGCCGGUGACCCCCAGACCAAUUUCCUCCGAAACGGCUGCAGCUCGUACGCUGUCACCAACGCCUCCGCCUUCGCAGUAACAUUCAACGACACCCUCGCCGAUCUCCGCUCCUCCAUCUCCGGCAGCAACUCCUCUCUCUUCGCCACCGCGCACCGCCCCGCCGUGCAGUCUGUCUACGCCCUGUUUCAGUGCCGCGGUUACCUCUCUGCCGCCGACUGCCUCGCGUGCUUCUCCGUCGCCGAAGGCCGCAUUCGCAGUUGCGGUCCCGCCUACGGUGGCCGGGUCAUCUACGACGGCUGCUUCCUCCGCUACGAGAGCAUCCCCUUUUUCGACCAGGUGACGCCCGCCGAGAACGGGAACUCGUGCGGCGGCCGCAACGCAGCUACCGGAGGAUUCACCACCGCGGUGAGGUCGCUGGUGGCGGAUUUGAGCGCUGCCACGCCGAGAAUCCCGGAGUUUUUCGCGGCGGCGAAGAGGGUGGGAGUGUUCGCUGUAGCGCAGUGCGUGGAGACUGUGAGCGAGGAAGGGUGCCAGCAGUGCCUGGCAGCGGCGGCCGGCAACGUGAUGCUGUGCCUGCCAGGCGUCGACGGGAGGGCGCUGGAGCCCUUAUGCUUCAUGAGGUACUCCGACGAGUCCUUCUUCCCGGCCAAUCGAACGGUGGACCUAUCGCCUUACAUGAUCAAUUCAGGAAGAGCGAAAUCGAGCAACAAGGGAGCCCUAAUUGGGGGAGUUGCUGGAGGAGUAGGCGGCCUGUUGCUUCUCCUCGGGUUCACAUCUCUUCUGUGGAUCAGAAGAUCCAGAGAUCAGCGAAGUCCUUCUGAAGGAGAUGCAUUGGGAGGAACCAAGUUACAGGGUUCGCUAAAUUUCCAUUACAAGCAUCUAAAAAAUGCUACAAAUAAUUUCAGUGAAAAAAAUAAACUAGGAGAAGGAGGAUUCGGAGAUGUGUACAAGGGUUGUCUUAAAGAUGGGAGAACAGUCGCUGUUAAGCGGCUGGCAAUUGCUCAAACCAGUAGAGCACGAGCUGAUUUUCAAAGCGAAGUGAAGCUCAUUAGCAAUAUUCACCAUAGAAAUUUAGUUCGUCUGCUUGGAUAUUCUAGCAAACGCGAUGAUUUUCUUCUUGUCUAUGAGUAUAUGGAAAAUGGCAGCCUUGACAAGUUCAUAUUCGGCGAUAAACGUGGGUUCCUCAACUGGAGGCAGAGAUUUAGUAUAAUUGUUGGGGCGGCUCGUGGUCUUUCUUAUAUGCAUCAAGAAUUUCAUGUUUGUAUCAUACACCGCGAUAUAAAAUGCAGCAACAUUCUACUCGAUAAUUAUUUCCAGCCAAGGGUUGCCGAUUUUGGGCUGGCACGACUUCUGCCUAAGGAUAAGAGUCACCUUACAACUAUAUUUGCUGGCACUUUCGGAUAUACAGCACCUGAGUAUGCAAUUCGCGGGCAGUUAUCUGAAAAGGUUGAUACAUAUAGCUAUGGCGUUGUUGUCCUUGAAAUAAUCAGCGGCCGGAAGUGCAAUGACAUAAAACUUGAACCUGUUACUCAAUAUCUUCUUGAAUGGGCCUGGAAAUUAUACGAACGAGAUCAGUUAUUGGAGAUGGUGGAUGAAACAUUGGAUCCUAGUGAGUAUUCACCAGAAGAAGUUAAAAAGAUCAUUAAGAUUGCUCUUCUCUGCACCCAGGCUACGGUUGCUGCAAGGCCAACCAUGUCGGAGAUUGUAGUUCUCCUGCUGAACCAAACUGAUGAUGCUCUUCAGCCAACAAGACCUACGUUCAUAGAUGCCAGCAGUAGGGUUCAUGGAGAUCAUGCAUCUUCAUCCUCUACCGGCUCAUCUUCAACGUCACAUGGAACUUCAAAUGCGACUUUUUCGACAUUGCAAUUUUCUGCUCGUUGAUGUUCGCAAUGGGUGAUGAAGGAGAAUAUAUUAUUCAGAACUACAUUGAUGAAUUGGAUGUUGAAAUUUUAAACUAGAUUAAUUAAGUAUUUAAUAUUGUGUGUAUGAAUAUUAGAGGUCUUUUGGAGGAUUUAUGAAUGACUCUUUGGAUGAUGCAUGUAUAUCAUUUAAUAUUGGUUCAUGUAUUUAUGUAGAUACAUCUUGGGUAUACCCUAUAAAUACCCUAUAGAUUUAAUAAUUUAGACAUGAAGAAAAUUAUGAAGAAGUAGUUUCCUCCUA